GGCACCUCGAUUUAAGGGGUUCCAGCAGCAGGACAGCCAGGAGCUUCUGCACUAUCUGUUGGAUGCGAUGAGGAUCGAAGAAACAAAGCGCAUACAAACUGGUAUCUUAAAAGCAUUUAAUAAUCCAACUACUAAAACGGCAGAUGAAGAAACUAGAAGAAAAGUCAAAGCAUAUGGAAGAGAGGGUGUGAAGAUGAACUUCAUAGAUAGGAUCUUUGUUGGUGAAUUGACUAGCACUGUCAUGUGUGAGGAAUGUGAAAAUAUUUCAACAGUAAAAGAACCUUUCAUUGAUCUUUCACUUCCUAUAAUAGAGGAGAGGGUUGCAAAACCUGUGCCUUUGGGAAGAACAGGUAAAGGUAAAAGUGUACAAGAGGCAGAUCUUGGUCAGUAUAACUGUUCUUCUAUCACUUCCCUGAAUAAUCAACCCAAAAUUGUCAAGAAACACGCUUUAACAAAAGAUAAGAAUCAAUUGAACCAGGAGAGACGGCUUGCCAGAAAAGCUUCCUCAAAUGAAGAGGAAAGGAGUCCUGUUAUCAUGCACGAAAAAAGCAAAAAGCUUGAGCCGGCAGGUAGCUCUGGCGUCCUGUACGCCAAAGACACGACCGCGGACUCCGCUGUAAACGGGAGUCAGACGGACGGCAGCGAGAAGGAAGCCAGCCGCUCUGAAAGCAGCUUCGAUGCAGACAGCGAAGCCUCAGAAAGCGAAAGUGCUUCUAAGCAAACAGCCUUCAGCCCCUCCAGCAACACGUCUGGUUUGCACGUCAACCACGUGAAUGGUAAAACGCCGCGCGGCAAACCAAGUGACGGUAAUGAGGAGGUGAUUUCCAGCGCCGUCGCCAAACUCAGCCUCUGUGAUAACAUCAGCGAAGAUAAAAAGUCGAGCCGGGGGGAUCCCGCAUUAGGUUUAUCAAAUACUUCCGUCUUCUCACUAGACAAAUCCCAGCUAUCCCAAAACCCUCAGAACGCUUUCCAGACGCUUUCCCAAAGCUACGUAACAAGCUCAAAGGAGUGUUCCGUUCAGUCCUGCCUUUACCAGUUCACUUCUGUGGAACUUCUGAUGGGGAACAACAAGCUUUUGUGUGAGAGCUGCACAGAAAGGAAGCAGAAGUAUCAGAAGAAAACCAACUCCACAGAAAAGAAAAUGGACGGUGUCUACACAAAUGCUCGGAAACAGCUGCUGAUUUCUUCGGUCCCUGCUAUUCUUAUUCUCCAUCUGAAAAGAUUCCACCAGGCUGGUUUGAGUCUACGGAAAGUAAAUAGGCACGUGGAUUUCCCACUGAUUUUAGACUUGGCACCGUUCUGUUCCGCAUCUUGUAAGAAUGUGACGGAUGGUGCCAGAGUGCUGUACAGUCUUUACGGAAUAGUGGAGCACAGUGGGUCAAUGAGAGGUGGUCAUUAUGCAGCGUAUGUGAAAGUCAGGACAUCCUCCAAGAAAUUACUAGAGCAUAUUUCUACCACGAAAAAUGUUCUAGGUUUGAAAGAAGCCAUGGGAGCAUCAGGAGGACAGUGGGUGUAUGUGAGUGAUGCCCAUGUUCAGAUGGUUCCCGAAUCAAGAGUACUAAAUGCACAAGCAUAUCUACUUUUUUAUGAGCGAUUAUUACUGUAAUUCUCAACCAUUUAAUUUAAAAGAUGGUAGUGGUUAUUUAGUUUAUCUUAUUUAAAGCUGCAGCGCUAAGAGUACCUGUAAAUAUUGUGCCUUGUAGAGAAUUUAUCAUAUGUUGACUCUGAAGUUCAGCCAAGCUAUUAUAAAUAUCUGAAUUGUUCUCUUAAAGUACGCACUUUGCCAAACAUAUACAAUUUAAAAUACAGUACUGUUAGAACGUAAGAUGACGUCCUGUCCUACUGAGGUCUAUGGAAAGUUUCUUCUUGAGUUUAAUAAUGAUAAGCUUUCACCCAUAGCCCUAGAACAGUUGAGAAUGAAAGCGCUGAUAGCGUUAAGUGCCUGGGUUUGCUGGCGUACAGUA